AUGCAGUUCAUCGUCAUUGCUUCCCUCAUCGCCAGCGUCUUCGCUGUGCCCGCCGACGUGGCCCCCCGCAACGGUGUCUGCCAGAACGGCGGUCUCUACACCAGCCCCCAGUGCUGCUCCGCCGACGUUCUCGAUGUUGCCUGCCUCAGCGGCGGCGGCCCCCCUGAGCCGCCCAGCGACGCCAACAACUUCCGCGAUAUCUGCGGCCGCAUUGGCAAGCAGGCCAAGUGCUGCGUUCUCGCCGAGGUCGCCAAUCAGGACGUUCUCUGCAUCGCCCCCGUCUAA